AUGAGUUUCCUAAACGUUAUUUACUUAUGCAUAGAGUUAUUGAUCACUCCUUAUUACAUUGACUGUUUUCCCGAUGUACCGAGUAAGUACGUGAGCGAUAAAUGCAAAGAGGCAGCUAAACAUUUUGCCGUACCAAAUGUUCCACUGGCGUACAACAGUGCACUUUUUUGCAUGUAUCAAAACCUUCAGGUUUUGCAAGAUAUGCCAUCGCUGCAUUUGGCUUUGACGACACCCCACACUGGAAGGUCAAUUUGCAAGAUUGAAGUCAUCUCGUUCAAUAAUGCAACUAAGAAGGUCAAUAUGUCUAUAUCUGACACUGAUUUGAAAGGAAACUGCAUUGCGCGGAAUGGUAAAGAUGUUGUGGAUGCUCUUGAAGAUCACAAAACCAAGCAACUUUCCACGUUACGAAUUCCACGAAAUAUAGGGUGGAAGGCUCAGCGAUUUCAAGGGGAAAACUCCCGACUUCUUUUUACGGACUACAGGAAAUGCUUAAUUUUGAUUGCUUCGUUCUAUAAUGUGAAAUAUUGUGAGCUUUUCGUGAAAACUGACCCCAAAAUUAAUAUGCACAAUACGCCAUGCCACCCAAUUUACCGUAUCUACUGCGGGUAUGGACGGCAAACUCGAGAUGUAUUUCCGAACCCCGUCAAUUCUUCAAGUGAUGAAGACUAUUUAACGGAAGCUCACAGUCUUCGACUUUUACUUGAACAGACAGAUCCGUUAAAAGAAGAUACGAACUUAAUGAACGAUUAUCAGUUGAUCACGGAGGUUUUGUACAACAGCCCAGACAGUAAAUUAUAUGCCUCAACCGAUGGAGGGAAUGACCGGCUAUGUGAAAUACACAUUUACCAGAUCUUUCCUAAUUUCGCAGACUUGGAUGUCCGAGGGGUAUUCAGUCGCAGAAAUUACAAAGUAUCCUUGUGGUCCUACUAUUCAAAGGACGCAAAUGCAUUUUCCCGAACGCAAAUUUCACUUUUGGAUCAGCAAGCUGGUACGGACUCCAGCCUCAUGCGAGUGCGACGGGUGCUGCUGUCCAAUUUCCAGAACUGCUACGUAUUCAAAUCAGUAAACGACAAAAACAGAACUCCUCUUUGUGAGUUUUUUGUAAAGAAUAAUACCGACAUCACCACUGGCUUGGAUGAAUGCUGGUUCACAUUCCUCGCAUACUGUGGAUAUCCGAAGGCAAUGUACAAAACCAAAAGCUGUUACUCACUUGAAUGA